AUGGGCAGUCUGUUCAUCAACGACGAAGGCCUCCACCACACGGCCGUGUUGGGACAUAUAUCACAGCCUACGCCUCAUGAUCCCUUUCGAUACCAACACGGCUUCGGCAACCAUCAUGCAUCAGAGGCAAUUGCUGGUGCCCUGCCAAGGAACGGCACAAACCUGCCGCAGAAGCACCCAUAUGGCCUCUAUGCCGAGCACCUGAACGGCACGUCAUUCAUCUCGUCACGCGAGUCCGUACUCAAUUCCCGCUUACCAGUUCCUGCAAAGGUCGAGUCGUGCUUCCUACCCCUGAAUCCCAACGUCGACUUCACACCACUCACGCACACAUGGGGCCCUCCAACACUGCAGCCCGUCCCGACAGACGGCAGCGGCAACGCGCCAAGGCCUGUGACUUUUGUUGAAAGUCUUCGCACCCUUUGCGGCCAUGGCGACUCCACCCUCAAGGAAGGUCUCGCCGUCCACACCUACGCCUUCGAUGCCGACAUGAACCGGCAAGCGUUCGUGAGCAACGACGGAGAGUUUCUUCUUGUCCCUACCCGUGGCAUCCUCGACAUCCAGACGGAGCUUGGCCACCUCCGCGUACCGCCUGGCUCCAUAGCCGUCAUCCCACCCGGCUUCCGGUUCUCCGUCAACAUUGCGAGUUUCCCGGAGAGGGCUGGUGCGUCCGGCUAUAUCCUCGAGGCCUUCGGGGCUCACUUCAAGCUCCCUGAACUGGGGCCUUUGGGUGCAAAUGGGCUAGCUCACGUCCGAGACUUCCAGUAUCCCGUGGCGAGCUUCGACGUUGACUUUGACCCGCUGCCAAUAACACCGGCCGACAGCCAAUCAUUCCCCACUACAACAUCCCCAUCCGACUGGCGCAUCAUCACUAAGCUUGCUGGCAAGUUUUAUCAGUACACCCAAAAACACACCCCCUUUGACGUGGUUGCCUGGCACGGCCGGUAUAGCCCUUACAAGUACGACCUGUCUCACUUCACCCACCUCACCGCCAAUACGGACCAGCUUGACCCUACGGCUUACACCGUCCUCACCGCGCCCUCCAAAUGGCCGGGCGUGAGCCUCGCCGAGUUUUGCGUCUUUGGUGAAAAGUACGCUGUCGCGAAGGACACGCUCCGGAUACCGUACCACCACCGCACCAUGGCCACGGAGCUGGUGGGCAUCAUCAAGGGCAAGUACGGCGGCAGUGUGAGGAGGCUGGAGGCGGGAGGAUUGAGCUUCGAGCAGGGCUACAUGCCGCACGGUGAGAGCUACGAGUGCUGGAGGCGUGAGUCUGAGAGGGACUUGAAGGCGGAUGUUGUAGGGAGAGACUUCUUGGGGUUCAUGUUCCAUGCGUCUUCGCAUGUCGGGCUUACCAAGUGGGCCACAGAAAGGCAUCCUGAUAUUCGCUUGGAAGAACCCAACUUCUGGGACAACCUCCGGGCGCCCUUUGCCGACAGGCUGAGCCAGGCGAGCCAGGCGCUGGAGAACAUGAAGGUGGCAAACGACGCUGCGAUUCAUGCUGAGCUGACAGCCCUGGCAUUCGAGGUCAUGGCGAACCGGAGGAGGCUCAGUGUCAGGAGUGUCACGGAUGACGAAGAUGAUCACAUUCACCCUAAUACUUUUUGA